UGUUGUCACAAGCUAUAGUCUGCGGAGCUCCAUCAUCAAGAACUUCCAGCAGGAGCAUCUCUGUAACAAGCAGACCGCAACUACUGUUCCAAGUGCCCCAGCAUUCCCACUAUCCCCAGUGUUACUGACAGGCUGGAAACUCAUUAGUGUAGGCUUUCAGUGGAGCAUCUUCCAGAGUAGCUGCCAAGCAUGAGAUUGCUGUGUUGCGCCUCCCUGCUGUUUCUCAUCAACUUCGUCUUUCAGACAAAUGCACUGAUAACAUGUGGAACCAACCAGUUCCAGUGUGGGAAUGGGAGAUGUAUCACACUGAGGUGGGUGUGCGAUGGCUCUGAUGACUGCGGAGAUGGCACAGAUGAACUUCCUGGUACCUGUGCGGUCAAAACAUGCAAACCAACAGAGUUCAGCUGUGCAGGGCGUCUUAACCAGUGCAUCCCGAGCACGUGGCACUGCGAUGGUAAAGCGGACUGUGAGAAUGGAGCUGAUGAGGUGAAUUGUGCGGCCAAGCAGUGCACGGGGUCCGAGUUCCGCUGCAAGAGCGGCCAGUGCGUGUCGUCCUCCUUUGUGUGUGAUGACGACCUGGACUGCGAGGACGGCAGCGACGAGGAAUCCUGCCCGCCCGUCACCUGCAGUUCCGCUUCCUUCCAGUGCAACAACACAGUUUGCCUUCCACACCUGUGGGCCUGCGACGGGGACCGCGACUGCACCGACGGCUCGGAUGAGUGGCCCGAAACCUGCGGGACAAAGACUCCUGACCUCGUGAGCAUUCAUCACUGCUCCUCGAUGGAGUGGCGUUGUGGCAGUGGAGAGUGCAUCCAUGUUAGCUGGAAGUGUGAUGGACAGGCUGACUGCCUUGAUCAAUCAGAUGAAGCUAACUGCUCUCAUGCCACCUGUUCUCCUGACGAGUUUGAAUGCGGCGAUGGUACUUGCAUCCAUGGGAGCCUGCAGUGCAACCAUCAAUAUGACUGCAGGGACAUGAGCGAUGAGAUUGGCUGUGUGAAUGCGACCCACUGUGAGGGCCCAACCCUGUUUAAAUGCCGCAGCGGAGAGUGCAUUAGUAUGGAGAAGGUGUGCGAUAAGAAACGUGACUGCAGGGAUUGGUCAGAUGAACCUCUUAGGGAAUGUGAUUCCAAUGAGUGCCUGUACAACAACGGCGGGUGCUCUCAUAUUUGCAAAGACCUAAAGAUCGGUUAUGAGUGCUUAUGUCCCCCUGGAUACAGCCUCGUUGACACAAGGCGCUGUGAAGAUAUCGACGAGUGUGCCAACCCAGACACCUGCAGUCAAAUCUGCAUCAAUCAGAUGGGCAGCUACAAAUGUGAGUGUGAGGAGGGUUACCAAGUUGACCAAGCAACUAAACACUGCAAGGCCAUUGGAACAAUAGCCUACCUUUUCUUCACUAACCAUCAUGAGGUCAGAAAGAUGACUCUGGACAAAAGUGAAUACACGAGAGUAAUCCCUCGCCUAAAGAACGUUGUGGCGCUCGACAUGAACAUAGCCACCAAAGAGAUCUACUGGUCAGACAUAUCCCAGAAGAAAAUCUACAGAACUCCAAUGAACUCGGCUGAAGACUCCACUCAACACCACAUCGUGAUCGGUAAUGACAUCGAUGCUCCUGAGGGAAUUGCCUUGGACUGGGUCCAUGGUAACCUCUAUUGGACCGACAGCGUUCGUGGCACGGUCUCAGUUGUAACUGCUGACGGUAGCCGACGUAAAACCCUCUUCCACCAGGACUUAUCGAAACCCCGCGCUAUUGUGGUAGACCCCCAAAGCAAUUUUGUUUACUGGACCGACUGGGGGAAUCCAGCUAAGAUUGAGAAGGCAGGUCUUAAUGGAGGAGACCGCACCGCACUGGUCACUAACAACAUCGUGUGGCCUAAUGGCAUCACACUCGACUUGCUAAACCAGCGGCUAUACUGGGUGGACUCUAAGCUGCACACCCUCUCCAGUAUCGAUGUUCAGGGCGGUGGUCGACGCACCCUCAUCAUUGAUGAACACAAACUCGCUCACCCACUGGGGCUUGCUGUAUUUGAGGAAAAAGUGUUCUGGACAGAUGUGAGUAACAGCGCCAUCCUCAGCGCCAACAGACUGACUGGUGAGGACAUUGUGCCGCUGGCGGAGCACCUAUCGUCACCAGAAGACAUUAUUCUGUUCCAUAACCUCAAACAACCUGCUGGAAGAGACUGGUGUCAGGUGUUCAAUGGUGGUUGUGAAUUCCUGUGCCUGGCAGCUCCUCAAAUAGGAAGACAUCCCCCCAAAUAUACCUGUGUCUGUCCAGAUAACAUGACGCUAGCCAGGGAUAUGAGGACAUGUGUACCAGCUGUGCCAACACCUGAAACUACUGGGCUACCUCAAGUUCCAGCCACAAGUCCUCCGUAUCUGCUACCAGUAUCACCCAGCACCACACCGAGAACAAUACUCAGGACUACACCCAGGACCACACCGAGGACCAUACUCAGGACUACACCCAGGACCAUAGUGAAGCCUAAGUUUCACACAACUACUAGAGUGCCGGUCUUAACUCCCAGCACUGUUGCCAGACCAGUGCUAUGGCUUACCAGUCCUCCAUUCAGGUCCACCACACCCCAACAAAGGAUGCCUUCACCCCAGCCAGGAAAUCCUAAAGUCUCCCAGACUACCACUCAAGCUCCAGUCACCUCUCCAAAUAUCCGACCUGAAUUUGCUGAAGUGCUAACCGAGACUGUGUCUACCACCCCAAUAGCACUUUACGUUAUACUACCUCUUGCGAUCAUCGCUCUGGUGGCUGUUGGUGGCGUUCUGCUCUGGAGGAACUACAGGCUGAAGAACACCAACACAAUUCACUUUGACAACCCCGUUUAUCAAAAAACCACUGAGGAGCAGGUGCACAUUUGGAGGAGGCUUGAUGGUUACUCAUACCCAAAAAGACAAGUUGUGAGUUUGCAUGAAGAGGCAGACAAUCCGGUCUUUGCAGAGAACUGAAAAAUGAUGAGGAGAGUGGAAGGAGGUGCCUUAAUGAUAAGCUACCUUCUUCAUCGUUUAGCAUUGUUACCUCACGCAGCACAAAGAUAUGGUGAUCAAAGCCUGUAUGUGACAACCUUAAACCACUAUAUCCUCAAAGAUACAUAGACGUUCUACUGUGAAAAUACCAGUUAAUUUUUUUUUCUUAUCAAGGCGUACAUUUUUUUCUUCAUUACUCACCAAAACAUACCCGAUCAUCAGAUUGAGAAGUCCUUGAUGUUGAUCAUUUUUAGUUGUUAUUAUAACUGCUUUGCUGGCAGUGUAACUGUGUCAUCUAUCAAGCCACUUGCCUGCUUUUGAUAAUAUUACAUCUUGCACUACUUAUCAUUUAAAAUGGUAAAUGGCCUGUAUUUAUAUAGCGCU